AUGAAGAGCAGCACCGAGAAGAGACAAGAGCUUCUCGAAGAGAUCAAGACUCUUCCCAUGAGCCAGCUCAAGAAGAACAAAAGCAGCCUAAUCAGCCGGAUCAUCCAAGGAAAGUACAGCGAGCCGGAGCAAAUAGAGCUGCGCAGAGAGCUCCAGAGAAGAUUCAUCGAUGAAAUAGAGGGGAAAGAGAAGCACGAGGCAGAGCUUGCGGGGACAGAAGAUGCCAUCAAGAAACAGUGCGACAUCUCCUCCCAGGCCACAAAAAAACUCGCCGAGUCGGACGGGAAGCUCAGCAAAAUAAAAAGAAGCCAGGAGAAAAUAUCGGAAGAGAUGAAGAGAGCUGAAGCUACCCUGCAGAAAAAGAGAUCAAAAGAGUUUAGAGAAGAAGUGCUGUUUCUCGGGGCGUUUGGCUUGUUUUUUGGAAUUUGUUUCUACAUCCUCGUAGACAAAUUUGUUUUAAAAUAA